UUUGGGGCAUUAUUAUUGCAUCUAACAUUAAUUUUUUUUUAGCUCCCUAAGGAUGAUGGAGGUUUCAUCAAGUUUUCAAAAAGUGUUGAAAACAUCACCUUCUAGAAAAAAAGCAUUGGUGAUUAGAAUCAACUUGUUCUGUCUUGCAAUGUUUCUCAUAGUUUAUGCAACACUUCUAUUUCGUCCAUCUUCUUCUAUCUAUUUUGAGAAUGCAGCAUCACUUGUCAAAUGCUCCAUAAGUGAAUGCCAUCACAAGGCAGAAAAAGGCAUAAAAAUGAAAGCAGUGAUGGAAGAGGCUCAAGUGAAAGCACCAAAGAUGCCAAAGAAGAAUGCAAUGAAGAUAGAGAAGCCAAGUUUCUUUGAUCAAAUUAUGGGUAAAGGAGUGAAGAACAUUGGCAUGGUGAACUUUGAUGAAGAAGAAGAUGAUGUUAGUGAAUGGAACAUGGAAGGUGAAAAAACAAUCAUCCCAAUUCACUUUGAGAAGGUAUCAACCCAAUUCAAUUGGACAGAUUUGUUCCCCGAAUGGAUCGACGAAGAAGAAGAAAGCGAUGUUCCAUCUUGUCCAGAUAUUCCCAUGCCGGAUUUCAAUGUGCAUCAAAACAUGGACAUAAUUGUGGCGAAGUUGCCAUGCAACAAUAAUAAAGAAGGGUGGGGUAGGAAUGUUUAUAGGCUACAAGUUCAUCUAAUUGUGGCAAAUUUGGCUGUGAAGAAUAAUAAGGGUAAGAGGGAUUAUGGGAAAUUGAAGACUAAGGUUGUUUUUUUAAGCAAGUGUAGGCCAAUGUUGGAAAUUUUUAGGUGCAAUGAUUUGGUUAAGAAUGAUGGUGAUUGGUGGUACUAUGAGCCUGAUUUGAAGAGAUUGGAGCAAAAGGUUUCAUUGCCUAUUGGAUCAUGCAAGUUGGCUUUGCCUCUUUGGGAACAAGGGAUUGACAAAGUGUAUGACACGUCCAAGAUUCAAAAAAUGGUUAGAAAGAAUGCAAAAACAAAACGUGAGGCGUACGCUACAGUGCUUCACUCCUCCGACGACUAUGUGUGCGGCGCAAUAAUGCUGGCACAAAGCCUCCUCCGAACGGGAACCAAGCGUGACCUAAUCCUCCUUCUCGACAACUCCAUCUCUCCUGCAAAGCGUCGUGCGCUCUCCACCUCUGGGUGGAAGAUCCGAAUCAUAACUCGGAUCAGAAACCCAAAGGCGGAGAAACACUCCUACAACGAGUACAACUACAGUAAAUUUCGGUUGUGGCAGUUAACAGACUAUGACAAGGUUAUUUUUAUUGAUGCUGACAUUGUUGUUUUGAGGAACCUUGAUGUUCUGUUUCAUUUUCCGCAAAUGUCGGCCACUGGGAAUGAUCAAAGUAUAUUUAAUUCUGGGAUUAUGGUGAUUGAGCCUUCAAAUUGCACAUUUAAUGUGCUGAUGGAGAGUAGAUAUGAUAUUGUUUCAUAUAAUGGUGGUGACCAAGGCUUCCUUAACGAGAUUUUUGUCUGGUGGCACAGGUUACCAAGGAGGGUGAACUACUUGAAGAAUUUUUGGGCCAACACAACAUUAGAAGCAAGCAAGAAGAACCAUCUAUUUGGAGCAGAGCCACCAAAGCUAUACUCAAUACACUACCUUGGAUUAAAGCCAUGGUAUUGUUAUAGGGACUAUGAUUGCAAUUGGGACGUUGAGGACCAAAGGGUGUAUGCUAGUGACGUGGCACAUCAUAAGUGGUGGAAGCUGCAUGACCAAAUGGACAAAAAGCUUCAACGCAUGUGUAGGCUCACAAAACGACGUCGUACAAACCUCAAUUGGGAGAGAAGAAAAGCUUCCAAAUUAGGUUUGCCCGAUCAACAUUGGAAGAUUAAUAUUACGGAUCCCAGAAGAUCUGGUUCACUUUUGAUGAAUUAAUCGUAAUAAAAAAAAUCAACUAGAUAAUUUAGUGAACCAUCUUUUUUUUUUUUCCUUAAUUUUUUAUUUCUAUUUUAUCUUUUUUUUUUCUUUUUUUUUAUAUCGAUUUUCAAAGAUAUUGUUGAAUAUUGAU